GGAACCUCCACCAUCAUCUCAGCUCUCUGAAGAAACAUGGCAAUAUCUUCCGGAUGAUAUUCUUAUGAUAAUCUUAAGUUAUUUAAAUGGCAGUGACUUGGCCUCAAUAACAGGAACUUGUCAAAGAUGGCGUAAUUUUUUCCACAGUAAAAAGUUUUGGAAGAGUUUAACAUUAACGAUUAAAGAGGAAACAAAUGAUUCAGAGAGAUUAGAGUUUGUAUGCAGUCGAGUAAAAACUUGUAAACAUUUAACAAUAAGAUGGCUAUUUAAUAGUGAUUUUAUAACUGUAAUACCAAAUUCAAGAAUUUCUGGUCUAAGUAUUCAAGCUAGAAACGUUUUAAAAAUACUAAACUCAAUGACAAACAAGAUAACUGAACUAAGACUAAGAUUGUUAGAUACUCAAGAGGCUUUUCAUUCGGAUUUUUUUCUUGAAGCAUCAAUAAUCAUUGCAAAAUUCUUAAGAACAGUGAAUAAUCUUCAAAUCUUAAGUUUUGGUUGUAAUCCAUUUCUAGUAAACAAAAGUAUGAUAACUUGUCUUAAUUCUUCAAGUUUGACAAACUUAACAGAGUUGAAUAUAGCAACAAUAAAUCAUAUUACAUGGAGGCUUAAUCGUAAAAGAUGUCAACAUGUAUUAGAUUUAAAUAUGGGUAUUGUCAUUCAUUAAUAUUCAUUAAUAUUCAUUAAUUACGCUAUAUACAGUAUAUUCAUUUAAAUGACAUUUAUCCAUAUAGUAAAAUUAAUGAUUAAAUUGAACAAAUUAACGAUUGACUGGCAAGAAGUUACAGAAGAUUUAAUAAAACGUUUUAUAAGAUCUAUAUGUCCUUUAAAAAAGUUAAUUAUUUAUAUGCAAUCUCACAAUUGUAUCAAUGCUAAUCAUCCUACUAAAAGCUUAUGGUACGAGCUAGAAUCCAGCAAGAAAACAGAAAUAACUCUUGUAUUUUGGAGUGGCAUUCAUCCAGAUAUGAUCUGUCCAUCGAGUAGGCUUAUUUAUCCUGUAGUUUGUCAUAAGCUAAUUGAAUGCACUUAUGUUGAUACGAAUUAUUCAAUGUUGUUGACAGCGCAUAAAGACUGUUUAAGAAAUCAAAUUUUUUGUUGCUUGAACAGAGAUUGCGUUUAUUUAGAAAAUAGCGAAGAAUUAUGGGAAUCAGCUAUUCAGUGUAAAAACUUAGAGAAUAUUGUUAUAAUAGGACAUUAUUUAAUUCCUUCUUCAAUAAGGGCUAUUGCAACGGCUUUUGCUCCCCAUCUUAAACACUAUUUAAUUGCAGAUACUUGUAUAACUAAGGAUAGCGAUGAUAAUUUAAUGGACAGCUAUGCUCAUAUAUCGGACGAAGAACUGGCGGUUUUAGCAAGUGAUGUAAGUAAAAAAUUGGAGAGAAGAUGGAAGCCAUUAAGAAAAGAAAGCCUACCAAAAGAAAUUGAUUAUUUUAUAGACGAUAACGAUGAAUAUUUAUUUGGUACUGUGCAAAAGAGAAAAAGAAUAUUGAACAUUUAAUUAUCAAUCGAUUUGUCAUAAUAAAAAUCCAAUUAAUGUUUUGUGUUAGGCUAAUUAAUUAAAUAGAAAAAG